AUGGGCGUCCCCGCCCUCCUCAUCGGCUUCCCGCACCCCUCCUCCCCUUCGCACGCCGAACGCGCUCGUCUGCUCGGUAACCAAUGGCCCGUCUUCUGGCGCGUCGGCAACGUUUUCUUCCGGCCCAUUUCCACCUUUGGCAUUCUCGGGUACGGAUACGCCGCCUGGGCCUGCUCUAGGGCCACAUCCUCCACCCAGGGUCUCGGUUCUACGUCUGGCAACGCCUGGAAGUUCUACGCCAUCUCGGCGCUGUGCCACUUGAUCACUGUGGUGCACUCGGCGGUGAAUAUGCAGCCUAUUAAUGCCAAGAUUGAAGGGCUGAGAAGGGCGGGUGUGGAGGGUGGGAAGAAUGGUGGGACCGAUCUGGCGCUGGCGGAGUAUUAUGCGAGAAAGUGGGCGAGGUUGAAUCUGGUGAGAUUGGUGAUGCCGGCUUUGGCGGGCACGGUGGCGUUGUGGACUACCCUCAAGGCGGGGAGGAUUGGGGGUGUUAGUUUCCUUUAG